AUGGAGGGCGCCGGUCACAUCAACAUUGCGAUGAUAGAAGACAUUGGCACCAACGGGAUCGCUCAAUCAAAGAUGAGCACGGAUUUAAACAGAACCAAACAGGCUUGUGGUUCCACUGUGAGCUUCCACAACAUCCAGUAUAACGUACAUAUGAGGAGUGGCUUCUUCUGCAAAGCUAAACUAAGCCCAAAGGAAAUACUGGUGGACCUCAAUGGGAUUAUGAGACCUGGUUUAAAUGCCAUUCUUGGACCAACUGGAAGUGGAAAAUCUUCAUUUUUGGAUAUUCUGGCUGGGAGGAAGAAUCCUCUGGGUCUAUCAGGGGAAGUUCUUAUUGACGGAGCACCACAGCCUCCAAACUUCAAGUGUCUCUCUGGCUACGUGGUCCAGGAAGAUGUGGUUAUGGGCACCCUGACUGUGAGGCAGAAUCUUAGUUUUUCUGCAGCGUUACGGCUUCCGACCGCUGUGCCACAAAGUGAGAAGGAGGCUCGAGUCAAUAAUCUUAUUAGGGAACUGUGUCUCACCAAAGUGGCUGACUCUAAGGUGGGCUCACAGAUGACCCGGGGAAUCUCAGGAGGAGAGAGAAAGAGAACCAACAUUGGGAUGGAGCUGAUCAUUGAUCCUGCUGUUCUGUUUCUGGAUGAACCGACCUCAGGGCUUGAUGCCAGCACCGCCAACUCGGUGCUGCGGCUGCUGAAAAGGAUGGCCAGUCAUGGUCGGACUAUAAUCAUGUCUAUCCACCAGCCUCGCUACUCCAUCUACCGGCUGUUUGACACCUUGACUCUGUUGGUUGGUGGGAGAAUGGUGUACCAUGGACCAGCCCCCAACACUCUGGACUACUUUGCCAAUAUUGGCUUUACAUGUGAGCCCCACAACAACCCAGCGGACUUCUUUCUGGACGUUAUAAACGGAGACUUCACUAAGCCAACCAAAGUUCAAGACACAGGAGAUCUGACCUUUGAGGAUCUUUCUUCUACCAGGCAGAAUAUCGAGAAACACCUUGUAGAAGAGUACAGGAACAGCAGCUACUGCAGCGACGCACAAGCUGAGUUAAGGCUUAUUCUCCAAAAUAAGGAAUGUAAAUCACAGAUGAGGUCCCACAGCAUCACCUACAACAGCUCCUUCCUUCACCAACUUCGAUGGGUUUUUCAGAGAACCUUCCAGACCCUCAUGUUGACUCCACAAACGUCUGUGGCUCAGGUGGGAGUUAAUGUUUUCCUUGCCCUCAUUGUGGGAGUCAUCUUCUUCGCAGUCCAACAUGAUCAGAGUGGUCUUCAAAACAGGAUGGGCGCCCUCUUCUUCAUCACGACUAACCAGUGUUUCAGCACCGUGUCUGCAGCCGAGCUCUUCAUCACAGAGAGGAACCUGUUUGUGCAUGAGUACAUCAGUGGCUACUACAGAGUAUCUGUGUACUUUCUGUCUAAAAUCCUGUGUGACCUCAUCAUGCGCACCAUCACCUCGGUUAUCUUCAGCGUCGUUGUCUACUUUCUGAUCGGGCUGAAGUCCACAGUGGAAGGUUUUCUCAUCUUCACAUUUACAGUGACCCUGGUAGCCUACACAGCCACAGCCAUGACUAUGGCCAUCUCAGCUGAUCAGAGCGUCGUGGCUCUCGCCAACAUCUUCAUGACCAUAACGUUUGUCUUCAUGAUGAUCUUCUCUGGCCUCCUUGUGAACCUUCCCAGCAUCGUGGACUGGCUGGCUUGGCUGAAGUACUUCAGUAUUCCUCGAUACGGCUUCGCAGCCUUGAAGAUCAAUGAGUUUGUGGGUUUGAAGUUCUGUGAGGAACCUGCGAUCCAAACUGCCAACAUGUCUGACAUAAUGACCGACUGUGGUGUGAGCUCAGCAGGCCAGAUGUGCACAGGAGAGCAGUACCUGGACUACCUGGGGAUAAAGUACAGCUCCUGGGGACUGUGGGAGAAUCAUGUGGCUUUGACCGUUAUGAUGGUCGUAUUCCUCUUGAUUGCCUACCUGAAGCUUCGCUACAUCAAGAAGUUCACUUAAAGUGAGACUCGGAAUUUAACUGCAACAUUUUGGGACAACCUCUCACAUGUGUACACAUAUUUCCCUUAAAAACACCAAUUCUCAAAACAGACUGGCAGCAGUGACAAAUAAAAAUGCUUGGUGGAAAUCUCAACGAAGGAAAACAACUCCUCUAUAACUGCGUACAUUUUAGGAGAAUUACAUUUUUGUUACAUUUUAGUGCUGUGAAAAAGUACUUGCCCCCUUUUCCGCUACAGUUAUUAUUUUAAAACAGUCAGUCAGUCAUUUUCUAUACCUGCUUCUUCCAUAGUGGGUCGCAGGGACGCUGGUGCCUAUCUCCAG